AUAUUCUACUCUAUCCGCGAAGAUUAUUCGAGAGAGCACUCGAUUAGAGAGCGAAUUUUGGGUUAUGGUGGAUCGUUGUGCCUCCUUGAAAGAGGUGGGCCUCACUCCCGUGUACGAUGGGACUCAACCUCUAGAUACGAUUAUAAUUUAUUAUUUUCGUAAAAAUAUUAACAUACAUCGUAACAUAUUGCAGGUUCCACUCGAAGAUUUUGGAGGAGACGGUGAAGAUUAUCGAGCUUGUUUCGUUACAGAUGAGUUAUUUGAUAAUCCCGACAAAGCUAUUGAAUGGGAAAAAAACAUUGCAAUAAUAUGGGGUUUCCACUUGGUCAUCUCGAGACACAAUAAGGAUGGAACGGUUCGGACGUUGGGGUAUGAUCGAGGGGAACGUUACAGGGGCAAGACAGGAAAACUAGAAAAUUUAGUGAAUGCUGUCUUGAGACGUUCAAAGACGAAAUAUACUGGCUGUCUUUUUCAGUUAAAUGUGAAAUUUGAAGAGGUAUCUCAAAAUUGGUGUAUCUGGCUUCCUUUAGAAGAUGAGAAGGGAUUUCAUAAUCAUGCGUUGACUGUGUAUCCCGAGGGUCAUCGACAAAUCAGCAGACUCAGCGAUUCAUCCAAAGAGAUUAUCCGUGACAUGAGUGAUGCUCAGGCAAGACCAGCAGCAAUUUUGGCUGCAAUUCAGGAGAAAAACCCUGUGGACAACGCUACUUGCCAACAAGUUUAUAACUAUAAAGCUCGAUUGCGAAAAGACCAUAAGGGGGGUCGAGAUAUUGCUGGCCAGCUUCUGCAUUUGGCUAUCGACAACAACUACGUAGUUUACCCAGACGUUGACCCGAACACACAGGCGUUGACACGUGUGUUCAUGUCGCAUCCACGAGCAGCCAGCCUACUCCGGACAUAUUAUUGGUAUGUCGGUAUAGAUUCCACGUACAAAACCAACAGAUAU